CUACUCGAAUAGUUGACAGUUAUGAGUUCUAAAAGUGAAUGGAAAUUCAAUAUUAAUAAACACAUCAAAUAUCACUUUAAGAAACCAUGUCUGAACAGUCUAUGCUGGAAUAUAACAUCCAACUCUUGUUGUAGAUUGUAUUUGCUAUUGAGCAAAUUUGUUGGAGUGUGCUUAAACAACACAGAGAUUUACAACAAGAAGACUUUUCACAAUGCUGUCAGUGAGAGAAAUGGACGUGGUCUCAUUACAGUUGCCAACCACACCUCCAGACUUGAUGACCCUCUGGUGUGGAAUCUCAUAGGAUGGCGCAAUUUUAAACUAUCUACUUGGCGUUGGUCAACAGCUGCUGAAGACGUGUGUUUCAAAAGCAAGGCGGAAUCUUGCAUGAUGGCUAUCGGGAAAGUACUUCCUGUUACGCGAGGGGAGGGGGUGUUCCAGAGGUCGAUGGAUUUCUGCGUUAAUGAAAUCGUAGAAGGAAGAUGGGUGCACAUUUUUCCGGAGGGGAAAAUAAAUCUGGACCAGAAACCAAUGAGACUGAAGUGGGGAGUGGGAAGGUUGAUUGCAGAGCCAAAUAUUACACCAAUGGUCCUGCUUAUACACCACACAGGCUUUGAGACAGUGUUUCCCAAUGAUGGACGACCGCUGUUUCCACGGCUGGGAAAGAAGACCUCCAUCUACAUCAGCGAUAUGUUGGACUUAACUACUGAUGUGCAGAAGAUGAAAGACCUCAUGAAAACACCGGAGGAGAUGAGGCAAAGAUUGACAGACAUCAUUGAGGAAGAAAUGGCAACUCUCAAAUUAAAGGCAGAGCAAUUCCAUGAACAGUGUUUUGGACAAAUGCACUCUUCCAUCAGCCAAGCUAUUUCACCUACAAAUCAAAAUCAGAUGGACUUUUCCAAGUGUGAAGCAGGUGACAAAGCAGGUGGCCAAAUGGACUCUUCCAUUUCAGGAAAUGAUGACAAUGCUUCAUACCCUGAGGAACGGAAUAUUCUAAAUAUUGAAAAUGAUGAGAAUAGUGCAAAUGAUAAUGGUGUCAAGAAAGAAUUUGAAAAAAAACAAAGUCAAUGAAAGCAAACCUCUUUAUACCGGUAACUUGUUGAACUCAGGAAUUUCUGUUAUUAUCCUCCCCUGUAAAGAAGCAGGGGUACAUGCUUUGCACAUGUUGGUUCUUUGGAAAGUCUUAAACCAAAUGUUGUCCGAUUGGUAAUUAGUGAAUGCUUUGGCCGUAAGUCCUAAAACUUGUUAGGGAGGCUGGCCAUGACCAGCAGAUAACCUUCUUUUGAGGUCAGUAGGUCAUGGUAGCAGUGACCUUAAACAAAAAAAGCUUGUUGGAUCAAUAACUAAAAUAUUCAUGAGCCUACAUUCUUCAAACUUUGUAGGGAUGUUCUUUAUGACCUGUAUAUUACCUCUAUUGAUUUUGAGAUCAAUGUGACCUUGAACACAAAAACCAUAAAGAGAAGGCUUGGACAUUCUGUCCUCAGACUUGGUGGGGUGGUUGUUUGUGACCUGUAGAUAUUGACCCUUUUAAAAGUAGACCACAGUCACGGCCACCUUUCAAAACCGGUAUCGAAAAAAUACAUAAAUACAACUAUUGAUAACUAAAAUGUUUUGGUUGAAAGUUGUGAGAAACUGACCAUUGUCAUAAUAUUUUAAACAUAUUAGUUACCACUUAUAUUAACCUUAACGCAUAUAUCUAUAGAUAUAUCUCUUCUGAGAAGCAAAUGUGAAAUGAAAUAAAGAAGAAAGGAAAGGGACAAAGGAUUUAAUAAAUUGUGCAUAGACCGAGAAUAUAACAAUUAUGUAGGUAAAAAGUGUUCACUGCCAUGACAGGAUAAUUAGUAUUCACACUCAAGCUAAUCAUACAUAACGGAACAUACACGCCUGGGAAACACUCACACUACCUAUAAUUUGACACCUGGUUACAUAUAUACAACUUGCAUUGUCCAUAUUGUCAACUUUAUUGUAUCCAUAUCCAUUUACCUAAUUCAUUGUCAUGUGAAACUUCUGAGAAAGCAUGCAUUUACCGUAUAACUUUUUAACUCCUAUGGAAACAAUUCGAACAGGUCAAUAACUCUACCUAUUGUCCUCAAAGUUGGUAGUGACUGGUCAUAUCCUUUAUCGAGAUGAUUCAUUGACAGCUAUUAGGGGGCCAAACAUCUCUUGUUUAAGAAUUGUUUCUAUCUAAAAUUCAGGGAGCAAUGACUUUGUGAUAGAAAUUGGAGUACUGGUACUGUUAAUUUUUAUAGAUAUUUUUAUAAUAUGUAAUUUUUUCAAAAUUAUGUUGUCCAAUUUAUUAUCUGGUUGAUGCAAGGAGGUAUCCAAACCUUUUAUAGAAAUGUGAAUAUGAUGUUCAUUUUGAUACCAGAACCUUUUAUUUAUACAAUUAAAGGGAUAAGACACCAGAUGGUCCCAAAAUACAAAUAAAGUAUUUUCUCAAACAAGACUAGAAUUGUGAAUACCUACCAAUAAGAGGCCAAUUUUACAUCAUUUUACAUGAUUACAAAAAUAUUUUGGCGCUGCUUUAGCUGAGUUUAACAUUUAAAAAUAGUGCAUAAUGGUUUCCCAGUUUAUAAUGUAGCAUUUGAAAGUCACAUAAUCAGUACUGAUAAAUAUACCAACAAUUUUUUUUUUUAUGUAAGUUUUUGACAAUUUUUUGUUAUUCUUCCAAUUGUAUCUUCUGGUGUCUAGUCCCUUUGAUUUAAAGGGACUAGAAAGCUAAGCAAUUUAUUUUUGUGAUUAAAAAUACUCUGUUUGAACAUGUGUUUAUAUUAUUUUUGGUGCCCUAAAUGAAGCACCAGGCUUCCAUUAAAAAAUUGUAACUGGAAGUAUGAACUUCCUUGCCAUCCAUUUUGAAAGGUUUGAAUCUGAACAAAUGGUUUUUGGUGUGUAAAUAUUUAGUGAACAGUGAUCAAUUGCUAUAAAUAGUCAAAGAUAUGAAACAAAAGGCAUGAUUUAAUACACUUGUGCCUGAGAUCAAUGAGUGAAGAUUUAUAAAAUUUAGGACUUUUUAUUGCUAUGAAUGUUAAAAGAAGAUGAGCGUAAGGGGAUGUCAACGUUCAUCUGUUCUAGUUUUCAGUCGAGCAACAGGCAU